AUGGCAGACCCAACAAAGGCAGAGACAGAGCAGGUCUUCAAGGUUCUGAAGUCACAGAAGGGAAAUAAGAUGUGCUUCGACUGUCAAGCUCGGAAUCCGACAUGGGCAAGCGUGACAUUUGGGAUCUACAUUUGCCUGGACUGCUCGAGUGUUCACAGGAACAUGGGAGUGCACAUUAGCUUCGUCCGGUCAACCAACCUAGACAGUUGGCAGCUGAACCAGCUGCGAACCAUGAAAGUCGGGGGCAACGCCUCCAUUACCGAGUUCUUCACAAGACAUGGCGGGGCGUUGAUGCUCAAUGACUCGGACACCAAGAAGAAAUACAGCAGCCGCCUCGCUGAGAUGUAUAAGGAGGAGCUCGCGAGACGUGUCAAGGAAGACGCAGCGAAGUACCCCGACAAAGUCGUGGUGGAGGGUGCCGAUGCAUUGUCCGUUACGCCAGCCUCACAAGGCGGUGAUGAGGACGACUUCUUUGCAUCCUGGAACAAACCUGCAACGCCCAAAUCACCUGCCUUCGUAUCUCAGAAACCCGCGCCUCCAGUUCUCGGCCGCACAGCCAGUACGCCCGCAGGAGGACCCAACCCGCCCACUAGCCCACGCACGAUCAGCUCGUCAUCUCUCCGUUCCAACUCUUCCAACGGAGGCGCACGCCCAACUUCCAAGCUCGGUGCUGCGCGCCUCACCUCUUCCACUACUUCAGCCACGAGCACGACCUCUGCGGCUGCCCCGAAGAAGAGCAAGCUCGGCGGUCUUGGUGCGAAGAAGACGGUCGCACCGCUCGAUUUCGCGGAGGCCGAGCGGAAAGCAGCGGAGGAGGCCGAACGGAUCAGGCAGCUUGGAUACGACCGCGAGAAGGAGGAGAAAGAAGAGGCAGAGCGUGCGGUGGCGAAAGCAGCUGCGAGUCCCUUACCUGGGAGCGCGAGACCGCAGAGCGCGAAGCUCGUCCCCGCGAGCCCUGCGCCGAAUACGCCAAAGGGCAACGCACAGGACCUGGAGCGGCUCGGCAUGGGCAUGAAGCGGCUCGGCUUCGGCGGCGUGCCCACGCCAACGACGUCAAGACCGAGCUCGGCGGUGGAGGAGACGUCCACGUUUGCGCGCGACAAGUUCGGCAAGCAGAAGGCGAUCUCGUCGGACAUGUACUUUGGGCGCAACGCAUAUGACCCGCAGGCCGUCGGCGAGGCGCAGACGCGGCUGCAGUCCUUCCAGGGCGCGCAGUCCAUCUCGUCGAACCAGUACUUUGGUCGCGAGGACGAUGAGGAGCCCUUGCCAGCCUCGCAUGACGGCGUCCUGGGCGAUAACCUCUCGAACUUGGAAGUGGCUGCCAGGGAUGCAUUCCAGAAUGUGCUCGCUAACCCGGAUGUACAGAGAGUUGGAGAGGGGAUUCGUACGGGCGCCCUGAAGCUUGCGGACUACCUCGCACAGAUGUCCGAACGCUAG